AAGAACUCGCAACUUCUCGAUUACGGACUUCAGAUGUGUGAACCUGCAAGAAGUUUAAGUAAACUCUUCUAUAACGGACUUCAAAGUCGAGGUACCUCUUGAUGUUUCUUGUAGGGAUCCCAAAAAGUUGGAGUUCUCCGGUAAGUACGUGUUUGAUUUUUCAAAAAUGGUGUUCAAAACUGCAGGUAAGUACGAAAUUCUGUCACCUCUGUCAAAACUGUCAAUCACCUCGUUGUCCAUGCAUUGCAUUCUGUCAGCCCAAUUCAAUGCAAGCAACCCUUGUAGACGACACCCUGUCGACUACAACCCUGAAGUGGGUGCGGCGGCGUCAGCAGCCCUACUAAAGACGUUUCUUCCCGAAGAGACGCCACUUCAGUCGGUACUCGAAGCACUCGAACGCCGCGCUUCCUGGAACGGGUCGAGAGUGACAAUUUUUAUUUGCAUUUUGCGCCACCAGAUGGCCGUUCCGCCAGCGGUUUCUGCGGCUACGAUUGGGCCAUUUGGGCCCCGGGUGUUGAGGUGUAAAUGGAUAUCGGCAGCACGGUGAUCGGUUACCGGGGCCCGGACGACUUGUUGCCAGGUUUUAUGGUUAUAUGGGCGCGAAGGUUUUAUUUCGCGACGACACGACUUAAUUUAGUUGUUUUGGAGGGUAAUAUGCAGUCACAUGAGGGGAACUGGAGUUUGGUCUCGAUGGCUUCGGGGGUUACUUUGAAAAUGCUGUUAGGAAAUUACGUUUUAUCAAGCACCUAGCAGUGAACAGACAUUUUGGUUUGCUUCAUGUGUACGCUAGGUAAGAAUUGGAUGGACGUAAUCUGGAAAAUUCUAGAUAAGUAUUAAUCAAAUAAAUUGUUUUGCAUGUCAAAUGACAGAAAUCAAUCCCCAGAUCAGUUCCACUGCAACCAUGGAGCUACUCACUACAGUUCCGUUGAUUCUGCUGACCAUUCAGCAAAUCUUGGCCACCAGCAGCACGGAUGCGCAGGAUUACGUUUUGCGAGCUAUCGAGUACCUGGUCAGUGUAAAACCGGGAGUGUUCAGCUGUGUUUUCUACGAUGUCACACAGCGUUCUUUUGACAACGAUUUUAAUGUUAUUUUGGAAUCACCUAGAUUGGGUAACGUCGUGAAAUAUGUGAUUAAUGGAACUUACCACGAAGGUUUGGCGAAAUUAGAACCCGAGCCGUCAUUGUUGAUUUUACAUCCUGGAAACGAUUCUGAUCAUUUUGAGGCCAAUAUGAAACAUGUACAAGACUUUCUAAGGUUGUUUAAACCAACAACCAAAGUACUAGUUCUUAUAGAUAGCUACAACGAAGUGCUUGUUGGCAAAAUAUAUUUUGCAAUUCACACUGUUAAGUACACUUAUUCGGCUUACGUUGAACGUCUCGGGAUGCUCGCAUACUUCUGUAAUGGAGUAAAUUGUUGGAGAUGGCCCAGGGUUCCCCAGCCGAUGUACCUGUUCAGUUAUGGACGCCGUUGGAUACAAGGACGAAAUAUUUCAUACAUUGGAGAAGAAUACUUUUGCUUUGCUUGGAAUCGACGCUGGCUCAACGAAGUGACUCGAUACUUGGGAACGGACUCCGCAGAGCUUCAACACAAUUGCAAAGGAUUGGGUUCUAAAUUUUACGAGUGUCUGCACAACAAUACCGAAGUCCGUUAUGAUAUUAUAUUCAACACUGCUUGGAUCGUACCGCAUGAUAUCAAAAAUUACCUUGUUCUCUGCACUAGCCGUCCCAUAUUUAUGAGACUCCUUGUACCCAAAGACAGACCGUUAAACGCAGUAGAACUCAUGCUAAUGCCAUUUUCAGGGCCGGCUUGGUGCCUCAUUCUGGCGAUUCUACUAUUGAUCGAAAUUGUUAAACAUCUCUUCCCCAAACACUUUACAAACGAUCCAUUCCUUCUUGCAGUGUGUGGCUUUGAACGACAUGACCUUCAUCGCGCUGGCCGUUGGGAAAAGACCGUUUUCCUUGCCCUGAUCAUUUUGAUGUUCUUCAUGACCAACGCGUUCGAGACUAAAAUUGUAUCCCUGAUGACCAGCAAACCGUCGAUUCAACGGAUCAAAACGCUGACAGAUCUCUUCCAGUCUGAUGUCAAAUUUCGCUACGACCUGGAAAAUAGUCCCCACUUACAGGAUUUCUUAUUCUUUGGUGAAUUGAUAAUCCAUGGCGAAACUCCAGAUCUGAGUGAAACUGUUCCUGGUAUUGGGACAAUGUGCUUUAGUGAGUGGUGUGAGCUGCUGGAAGAAAUAUCAUUCGAUUUCGAACGGAUGCAACCUUUUUACGUGCUGCUGGAUUACGAAACUCUCGAAUAUCCCGAAUGUUACGCGACGGACUAUCGGUUCAUUUUUGCUGAGACAUUCCGUACCAUGCACAGCACAUUGACUGAAGCUGGACUCUUCAUAUUGUGGAAACGACAAUGGAGGGCCGAGUUGCGUUCCAACUAUAUCGGACGAAGGCCCAGAGAAGACGCUCGCAAAAAUUCAUAUCUUAGCUUUGACGAUAUGCAACCGGCUUGGAUUGCACUAAGGGUUGGGAUGGGCAUUAGUUUGUUUGCAUUUUUGGGUGAAUACUCGACAAGGUGGUCACUCAAAAACAUUCGAAAAUGUCUACAAAAGUACAAGCGUAAAUGGUCUAGAUUGGAAGUUGGAGCAAGAACAAAAUAAGGCAAACGUCGGAUAAAAAAUAUUUUUCGGCAGGAUCGUACGGUACAUGAAGAAUUAGGGCGAUUCGUCGUAGUUGCAUAGAAUAUAAAAAUUGUAUGCAAUAUGUAGGAGAAGCUACCUGCACUGAUUCUCCAUAAAAACUUCGAAGAAAAACCAUUCGGCCCUUUCUAAGUAUAUUGGACAAAUUCAAAGUGGUGGUAUAACUAUAUUGGCAAUAUAACUCAGUUAAAUUAACUGGUCAAAAUGACCAUAUUCAAACAAAAUUCUCUCAGACUCUCAAAGCUGUUUGUAAAAACAAAUUUGUUGAUAAAGUUAAAGUCAAAAUACUCAAAAACAUAACACAAUGAUGCCAGAUGCACAGGUUUGUCUGUGUUUCACAGAUAUUUAAGCUUGUGUCAGUCAUUUUUGAGUUGCACAGACGUUUUAUAAACUUCAUUAAAUUAUUUUUUUUUGUAAAAAUAUCAACUGCAACUUACAGUCAUCCCACAUAUUCGGAACACCUACAAAUUUGGAACACUUUUGUGAUAAUUGGUCAAUAGCACGCCAAAUGCAGCUUUUCUCUCGACCCUACUAUUUUUAAGGACCUUUAUUUGGACAUUCUCUUGCUAUUUCACUAGUAAAAGUAGUACUUUUUGAACAAAAAAACUUAAUUUCAAGACUAUUUUAUCCAGAGCAGCAAAACACUGCCUCCAAAUUGCCUGUUCCAUAAUUGUGGGAUGGUAUUGUGCCUCUCACAAAAAAAGUUUUCAGACCAUUAAUAAAACAUAACUAAGCAUGAAUUUCGUUGGUUUUAGUGCGUGAAGU